CUUACUUAGUCAGUUGCCCCGACGAGCAGUUGCAGCCGCGUUGCUGUCGUUAGCACAGAUUGCUUCUGGAAUCGAUUUAUAUAUAUAUAGGAAUCGCCUUGGAACUACACCUGGCUAGGCAUGGCUCUGGAGACGCUCGUCACGGCCUUGGCCUGCCUCAGCACCGCCACGAUGAACUCCACGGAAAAGCCACUUUCUGUGAUAAUGAGAAAUUCAGCGGAACCCUUUCUGAUGGCUGAGAAUGAUUCUGGAAGUUGUCCUGCGAGCACAUUGGGAGCCCUGACAGCCCGUAUUCAAUUCAUGACCGAUGAGUUGCAAAAUCUAAGGAAGGAACUGAACGAGCUGCAGGACUUGGUUGAGGAGUUCAAAACGCAGCCCAGUGAUGGGUAUCCCCUGGAGGCCAGAAUACUCCGCCCAUUUCCUGGCCUCCAGAACCUGCCACCGGCUGCGCCCGUCGACGACAUACCCCGGAGUUGCCACGACGAGAAGCAUGGCCAGGUGAGAAUCAGGAUAGCCCAGGACAUGGAUCCCUUCUUCGUCAGCUGUGACCAGAAGGAGCGCGACGGUGGCUGGCUGGUGAUUGCCUACAGGUACGAUGGUAGCGAGGACUUUAACCGCGACUGGGAGACCUACAAGGCUGGCUUUGGGUCCUUGAAUACGGAGUUCUUCAUUGGCCUGGAAAAGCUGCAUCGCCUGACCAACAGUGAGCACCACGAGCUGCUGGUAAUCAUGCGCAACAAGAAGGGGGAGGAGCGCUUUGCCAUCUACGAUCACUUUAGCAUUGGCAGCGAGUCGGAGAAGUAUCUCCUGUAUGUGCUGGGGACCUACAAGGGCGAUGCCGGAGACUCGUUGCGCUACCAUGCCGGCAAGAAGUUCACCACCUUUGACCAGGACAAUGACGACAAUGGUCAGAACUGUGCCAGGACCCAUGCAGGAGCCUGGUGGUACGGCCGGGAGUGUGUACAGAGCAACCUCUUUGGCACCUUUCAGUCCAAGUAUGGCCACGAGAUAGGCUUCUUCAAGGGCAUCCUGUGGAAGCCGUUCCUGACGGGGCCAAACGGAUCCCUCAGCUAUGUCCGCAUGCUCAUUCGGCCAAUCAAGAAGGCCACUCCAUAAUUAUAUCAAAGACUUGCAAUAAACAUCAACUAUUUAGUUCGUA